CAGACAUCAAAACGACGUAAAGGCUCCAAUCAAUUAUCGGCAAUCAGAAAGAACUAUGCAUCUCAUCUGAAUUGGACUGCUUGAUAAGAAAUCGAACUGUUGCUGGAGAAGUCCAUCCGGGCUUGAGCGCCCAAAACGCUCCCCCCCCCUUCAGUUAUGGAUCCUGUUCAGACGCCAGCGGCAAACGGCAUCAGAGACGAGCCGCGCUUCGUGCUGAUAGACGAUGACCCGGUGAAGACGGAAAAUGGCACCGACUCACCACGUCCCGCGGCUAACGGCGACGCGACGUCUGCAGCCUUCAAACCAUCUCCCACCCCUCUCCCUUCCACAGAAACGCCAGACCCAGUACCGUCACAGCCAGCGCCUACCAUGGCUCAUCCGAAAAAGAAAGGCACAGCUUCGACUGUGAAAAAGGCGCCCAAACGCCCCAGGAACGGUGCACCUGGUAAGAAACCCAAGAAGUCCAAGCCCUCGUCUCAAGGGCCAAACGCUGCUUCAGGCGACGAUGACGACGACGAGUCCGAUAAUGGACCGUAUUGCCUCUGUCGCGGACCCGACGACCAUCGAUGGAUGAUUUGCUGCGAACACUGUGAAGACUGGUUCCACGGGGAGUGCAUCAACUUGAGCAAGGACGUUGGCGAGAGCCUCAUCGAGCGGUUUGUCUGUCCCAACUGCACCAAGGGCAACCUGCGCACCAUAUACAAGAAGACAUGCGCGAUGGGUGCAUGCCGUAAAGCGGCGCGCCUACUGCAGGACCAGCCGAGCGUCUUCUGUUCCAACGAACAUGCGCAAGCGUGGUGGGAACGCAUGGUUGGACGGCUGCCUAAGGGGUUGGCCAAGGCUCCUUUGAACGAUCAGCUCUCACAGGAUGAGCUCAUGGCACUAUUAGGUAGUAGCCUGUCAGAGGCCGAUGAAGAUGGAGUGUGGAAGAUGUCCAAGCCCCCAUUCUCCGCGCCGCUUCCGAAGGCCUCUGCGGACGCCAAUGCUGAUGAAGCACUGGCCUUGAUAUUGAGUGACGAAGAAAAGAAAUUCUUGGAGAAUUCUUCCAAGGCUCGGCUACAGCUCGGAGAAGAGACCCUACUCUGCCACAAAAUGCUGAGUCUGGUUGAGCUGGCGCAAGAGCGUCGACGUGCCGCCAUCACGGCCGGCCGCUUCGGCGAAGAUAUUUGCGGCUACGACUCCCGGCUAGACACAAUCUCGGCGCGCGACGCCUUUGCCGCAUACGCCAAGUCCCCCGAGGGCGAGACGACGUUCAAGGAGUCCAAGCUAAGCGACCCGCUGGGCGAAGGCGACGUGGUGCGCGGCAUGUGCGAGCGAAAAAGAUGCAAGGUGCACAGCGGCUGGCAGAAGAUGCUGCCCCUCGGCAUCAAGUACCAGAUCCGAGAGAUGGCGAGCCAGGCAGCCGAGGUGGGCGAGGAAGAGCAGAACGUAAGAGAGGCGGCCGGCGAGAGGUGGAAGCGCAAGCAGGCCGAGCAGAACUGGGUAGAGGUUCUGGAGUGAUGACGGAGUCAGGAAACACAACGGAUACCACGGUGCGAGGUUCUACAGGGAUUGGGUUCAGGCGGCCGGCGUUGAGGAGUUGGGACGACCUAGGUUCCAUUCAAAGUAUCCUAAUACAAACAAAAUGACAAUGAG